CGGCUCCCUGCGCGCCUGGCGUCAAUUUUGAUGACCUCCGCCGUCACUUCACCCGGAGGAGAAGAGCAGACAGCCCUUGCACAGCACAGCUAGGCCGCACCCAUCUCUUUCUUCAUACUCUGUCCAGCCAGCCACAGCUCUCGCACUCCUCUGCCGCUAUAAAAUCGAGAGCCUCCCGAGCGAGCGAGCCACUCUCUCUAUCUACUUGGUUUUGCUCCUCUCGAAUCGCGGCAAGGCAAUCAACCGAGGAAGGAGGCCGGGGGAGCGGCAUGGACUGCGGCGGUGAGGAGCAGGCGAGGCAGAACGGCCAUGGCGGCGACCCGGCGGAGUGGAAGAAGGUGGCCGAGCUCCGGGCCGUGGUGGAGGCGCAGGACCCCGCAGCCAAGGAGGAAGACGACUUCAUGCUACGGCGGUUCUUGCGUGCCCGGGAGCAAAACAUCAACAAGGCAUCGUCGAUGUUCCUCAAGUACCUGAGUUGGAAGGGCACCGCCAAGCCGCAUGGCUCCAUCACCGAGGCCGAGGUGCGCGGCGAGCUCGUGCAGGACAAGCUCUACGUGCAGGGCUUCGACAAGGUGGGGCGCCCCAUGAUCUACCUCUUCGGCAACCGGCACUUCGCCGCCAAGCGCGACCUCGAGGAGUUCAAGCGCUAUGUCGUCUACAUCCUCGACAACACCUGCACCAAGUUGCCGGCGGGGCAGGAGAAGUUCGCGUCGGUGGUGGACCUCAAGGGGUGGGGGUAUGCCAACUGCGACAUUCGAGCGAAGCUGGCGGCUUUGGAGAUCAUGCAGAACUACUACCCGGAGCGGCUGGGACGGGUGUUCCUGAUCCACGUGCCAUACGUGUUCAUGGCCGCGUGGAAGAUGGUGUACCCCUUCAUCGACGACAACACCAAGAGAAAGUUUGUCUUUGUAGCUGACAAGGACCUCGACGCCACGCUUCGGGACGCCAUCGACGUGUCCCAGCUGCCUGAACAAUACGGUGGCAAGCUCAGACUUGAGGGAUACAAGAGCUCAUCAUCACCACCAUCAUGAUUUAUUUUUUUGAAGGGUGUCCAAUUGUGUCGGAGUAUUACUGGUCGCUGCAAGUGGGCUGUUGCAGCAAACAAUCUCCAGCGCGCUAAAAAUGUUAUUUUGACGUUGAAUAUAUUUUUUUAGCGCGCAUCUAUUGAAAUUGCUUGAAACAAGUUGUUGAACGUCUGUGUUUUAGACUCGCGUCAUGAAAAAUAACUAUAUACAUAUAAGUUAUUGGAGAUGCUCUAA